AACGAUCCGCGGAAACGAGACAUCACCGGAAAGAAUACAACGUAUUACGACCUGCAAGAAGUAUUUUCAAGAAAAAAUAUUAGUUUACAAAUUAAUCCUAAUGUUAAAUGCCCUUUUCUAUUAAAUUUGUUUGUAAAUGUUGUAAAUAAUUUUUCUAAAUGUAAAUAUAUAUAUAUAAAAAUUUUUAUCUAUUCAUUAUUUGUUUCAAUGCACCAUAUUACUGCAAUAAUUUUUGUUUAUCGUUAGCUGUGAUACGCAUAGAUAUCCAAGGUGAAAUGUCAUCAGAAAACUGAUAUCAUUUAUAUCCAUGUACUAGAGUGAGCCACAUGUCAAACACUCUAUUGAUACAAAUAUUUUCUUUCCAAGUUUUCAAGAGCAAUGUGUGCUCCUUGAUCAAGGAGUUUUAAAUGGCGUUGGUAAAAUCUAAUAGUAAGCCCAAAAAUGGUAAAGAUCCACCUCAGCAGAAUCAUGAGGAAGGUACGGAGAUCUCCGCCCCUUCGAUAUUAACAAGUAUAACAACAACUUUUCAAAGCACUGUGGAUGAGAUCACUGAGGAUUAUGAAAAUUUUAUCAGUACAUCUGCAAUACUUCAUUAUUGUAAACACAAAAUACUCAAACCAUACCUGAGAUUGUUGAGUGUAAUGGGAUUAAGACCAACCAGCAGUGAUGACUCUGACCAUUCCUUACAAUGUUCUAUUCUGGCGAACCUGCAUACUCUUCAAGUCACUGUAUUUAUAUGUAUUGGAUACGUUUUACAAUAUAUGGCCUGUUUUAGGAGAGAUCGUGGAUUCUGUUACAAAAUAUUACUGCAAGAGCAAAAUAUUGAUGAAAAAGAGCCAUCCUGCUAUGGAAAUGUGAUAUUCAGCUACUUGAUUCCAAGUAUAUUACAUCUAGUCGCAUAUCUGUACACGAUAUACUUGUUUCGCAUUAAAGAAAACGAACAGCUGCAAAGUCUCAUGGAGAGAGCGUUCCUGCUCUCCUCGAAUCCAAUAAAUCGGGGCAAUCAGAAGCGUCUUGUACAUAUAUUAUGGUUGUUCAUAGCUUUGAGCAUAGUGUGGAUGAUCACAGCAUUGAUUACUGUGAAUAUUCAGAUGGCAAAGGAAAAUAUAACGUUUCAGUGGGUGGAGAAUAGUCCAUAUCAAGUGAAGAUAACGCUGAAAGUAUUGUUGGUCGUUUGUACCUUAUGGCACGACAUGAUUCAGGGAACUAUUAUAACAAGUUAUUGCUUGCAAGGACAGCUGUUGAUGUCGCACCUUUACUUUCUACGUGGAAAGUUGCUUCAGCAUAUCUUACUACCCAUCGAUUGGAUGAGGGACAUCGACGAAUUCAAGAAACUGUUGAAAUACUUCAAUGACGGAUUAGGCCCAGCUGUAUGCAUCUAUACUAUAGUGAAUCUAUCAUGGGCUACUGCGGGUAUUGUAUGGCUAUUUCAAUACUAUAUCAAUGAUGCGAAUGAUAUGUAUCCAAUCACGUAUGUUAAUGUGAUGAAUAUCGUAUUAUGGAUUUUGAUAUCGAUUGCUCCAUUUAUACAGGCUGCGCGCUUAACGAAUGCUUGCUCCAUGAUCCGAGCCGUAGGACACGAGAUACGUAUCCGACCGUUCGUGUAUCAAACCACUCCUGGAGAAGAUCUCGAUAGUAUACUUUUAUAUACAUCUUCUCUGAAGAUGUGCGCCAAAUUAUUCAGAAUACCUAUCAAAGGUAGAUAUUUAUGUCUUUUACUAACUAUCGGCAGUAUUUCUAUCCUUACUUUAGGACAGUGCCAAUUUUUCUUAUAAUUAUAUAUAUAGCAUUUUAAUCGAAAUUGUGUUAUAAAAUGCAUCGAGUAUUUUCGAAAUAUAUUCUCUCUAUAUUUUUUAAAAAAAUUAUUUGUGCAUAGAACAUAUAUUAUUAAUAUCCAUUUUAUUUAGAUAAAUUAUUUAGACCUAACAAUUUUCUUAGAGAGAACAUUUAUAUAUAUAUAUAUAUGUAAUAUGUAAAUAAUUGUAAAUUGUACAUUAUAUAUAAAAAAAAACGUUUUAUGUUAAAUUUAGAUUGAGAAUUUUAAUAAUAAGGUUCCCUGUGUUUUUUAUAUACUUUUGAUAUACAUCUCUAUGACAUUGCAACAUAAUUUAAACAAGAAUAGAAAUCAAGAAAGAUAAAUGAAAUAUUGGAAAAGGUAUUUUAUUCACUCCUCAUUAUAUCGUCCAAUACAUUACAUUCUCCAGUGAUGGCAGUAAUAUUGCAACAGACUGGAACGAAUUAUAAUUUACAUUUUUAACUUACUUGCAACAUGUAAAUCUACAAAUAUUUAAUGAAUAUUUUCUUUCCAAAAAUUUUGUAUUUAUUGUAUUUAUAAGCUAUGAGAAAAAUGCAAAAGUUAUAUGCAUUGUUAAUAUGAUACUAAUUGCAAUUAUUUAUAAUAGAGGUACAUGUACAAGAAAAAUAUUCAAGUAUUCAGAAAUAUAUAAAUAUUCCC